GCCUUCUGAGUUGCGUUCUGGAGUAUUCCCACUUACCUGUCAGACGAGCCUGACACACUUUCAGUAGUUAUGCCUUAGACCCUGGCGACUUCCACAACACUUAUACAGUACGUAUAGUGGAAGACAGUAGAUGUUCGUACUUGUCAAAAUAGGUUGCUGAUAGUUGCGGGGAUUUGUGAGUGAUCCAGUCAGGAAGUUUAGUGGUUUCCUAGCUCGUUUCAACGCCCACCGCACAUUCAGUCAGUCUGAGCUUAGUCAGCUUCUCCUCUCGAUGCUCUUGGUUAUGCUACUGUUGUAACGGCUAGUCCGAUCUUGAUCUCAGGACCUUUCGAGGAAGCUCGUCCUACCCUGUCUGCAGCGACAGCUCAGGAUCCCAGGUUGCGCCAGUAGCCAGAAAACUCAACACGAGCCAGGAAUAACGCAGCAGCAGAGAGUCUCAGGCUUUCCGCCGACCGUAGCGUAGUGCUGACCCUACUGCUGUACGGGACGUGUGCUGGAAGUGUGCUGGACGUGUGCUGUACGUGAGCUGGACGUGUGCUGGACGUGUGCUGGACGCGUGCUGUACGUGUGCUGAACGUGAUGACUCUCUUUUGCAUCAGUAAGAGGCAGCUACAAUUCUCCCUCUGAACCAGCCGCUGGAGAGUCAAGCUGAUCGUCUUAUAGCUCAAGUCGUUCGGUCGUUCAUGAAGGCGAAGGCCGUAGUGGUGUCCGGCGCCACAGCCGGCGCAGCUGAAGGCUUCCGUUUGAAGCAGCAGAUGCCAAGCUAAGCCACUAACCGGAUAGGUAGAGCCUAGUAGCCAUCGCAUCAGGAGGGCCAUGGUGGUGGCUAGUACCGUUAGACAGCGCAGAUAAUGGCUCUCAGCCUGUAGACGACGCCGAAUCACCAACAGCCUAUUGGUCGUGUCACCAUGAAGGCCAUAGUGGUGGCCGGCACACAUAGCGGCGUGGGCAAGACGAGCGUCUUCUGAGUCGACUCAGUAGUAAUUUCGGCGGUACCAGAAGCUACAGAGCUAAGCCUCGCAGUCUUGACACCAUGAAGGCCAUAGUGGUGGCCGGCACACAUAGCGGCGUGGGCAAGACGAGCGUCGCCGUGGGGCUCAUGGCUGCGCUCCGCCGCCGCGGUCUGCGCGUGCAGCCGUUUAAAGUCGGCCCAGAUUUCCUGGACCCCAUGCACCAUCAGGUGGCUACAGGGCGGGACUCGUACAACCUGGAUGGAUGGAUGCUCAACAGGGAGUCCAACGUGGCAUGCUUCACUCGCUUCGCAGCCACAACAGACGUGGCAGUGAUAGAAGGGGUCAUGGGGCUGUUCGACGGCCGGGACGGCAAGACAGAGGUCGGCAGCACAGCAGAAAUGGCCAAGAUCCUCGGAGUCCCUGUGGUGCUAGUCCUAGACUGCUGGUCUAUGUCCCGCAGUGCAGCCGCCAUGGUUCACGGCUACGCCUCCUUCGACCCGUCGCUGAGAUUCGCGGGUAUCGUGCUGAAUAAGGUCGCUAGCGCCGCGCACGCGGCUUGGCUUACGGAGGCUUUGGAGUCAGCCCAUGUGAGGGUGCCGGUCCUAGGUGGCAUCCCGAAAUCUGCUGACGUGGAGAUGCCUGAGCGCCACCUGGGAUUGCACCGGCCGGGGGUGGAGGCGGACGGGGUGCCAGCUCAGCACGCGGAGCGGCUGGCGGCGCUGAUUGAAGCACACCUGGACCUUGACAGGCUGCUACAGCUGGCAGCUGACGUGGCAGGGCCGCCUACGAUGGGGCUAGGGGGGGGAGAGGAGAGUCUGUGUGGAGGGGAGGAUGCUGGGGAAGGGAGUGUGGUGGGCGGAGGGGGGAGUGUGGUGAGUGGGAUGGGAGGAGGAGGGGGAGGAGGAGGGGGAGAGUGUGGUGGAUCGUCGGCCAAUGAGCUUCCACCGCUGUCAAUGCCGCCUGGAAUGAAGCUGGCACGCAUUGGAGUGGCUAGAGACGAUGCUUUCUGCUUCUACUACCACGACAACCUGUCGCUGCUGCGAGAGGCGGGAGCAGAGAUUGUUUUCUUCUCCCCGUUGACCGACCCCCUGCCGCACCGCCUGGACGCGGUCUAUUUUGGAGGCGGGUACCCGGAGCUGCAUGCGGCUGCUCUGGCUGCGAACGCGAAGCUGGUGUAUGCGCUGAGGGCGUUUGCUGCUGCUGGCGGGGUGGUCUACGGCGAGUGUGGAGGGCUCAUGUACCUGUCUCGGAGUAUAGAGACGAAGGAGGGCGAGGUGCACGAGAUGUGUGGGCUGCUGCCCUUCCGCACGCGCAUGGUGUCUACACUCAAGCUCGCUUACUGCACUCCCAACUGUGUGCUAUUCCCAGCAGAGGUGGGCGAGAUGAGGGGGCAGUUCUUCCACUUCAGCGAGGUGCUGCUUGAUGACGGCUCGUUCCACGGCGACCAGCUGGAGUUCGGGUACCUGAUCGAGCAGCAGACCCCUGGGAGCACCUCUUGCCCCGAGGGCUACAUGGCGGGGGCAGUGCUGGCGUCCUACGUGCAUCUGCACUUCGGCUCCAACGCCUCCAUCGCCCACGCCUUCAUCGACGCAUGCAGAACCGACCCCACGAAAGCAGCAGCUGUCGCAGCCGCGUCAGCCUCAGCAGUGGCCGGCGCGGGUGCGGCAGCGGCCGCUGCAGCAGGAGCGGCGGCAGCGGCAGCGGUGGCUGAGGCUCUAAACGAUGACGAUAGGCUGUCGCAGCGAUCCGCGUGCUCGUAUGUCCACCCGUCCCCGGUGCACCCCCUUCAGAUGGCCCUGCAGCAUCCCCCUCCGGGCUCGGCUGUGUCGUCCGUUCCCUUGGCUAGCUCGUAUAGGAGGAGGAGUGAGAGUGUUGGGAGGUGGGAUGCGAGGGGGUUUGACGCUGCUGGGGGGGUCUCGCCGCCCCAUUAUGUGGAGACGGUGGGAGGAGGAGGAGGGGGUGGGGGGGGAUAUGACCCCAGGGCCCAGUGGCACGAGGAGUUUAUUCCCAGAGCCCUUUCUGGUACUGUUCCUGGUACUUCAGGUGUUUACUCAGGUGUUUACUCAGGUGUUUACUCAGGGCCCCUAUCCGGCGUUUCACCUGAGCACGACGACCCCACCGAGGCUGACCUCGAGGCUCGGCGGAUGAGCUCCCGGGACGCAGAGGACCGGUCCUCACGUUCGGAAUCGUACGUCAUUGGAGAACGCGUGGGCGGCAGAGUUGUCCCAUACUCCAUGUUCCCGGGCGGCAGCGCUAUUGGCAGUAUUAUGUCAAACGGAUAUGCGGGGUAUUCAAGCCAUACAGGAUACGGGUACGGGUCCGGGAUGGGCGGCGGUAGUGGGGGAAGAGCAGGAGGAGGAGGAGGAGGUGGAGGAGGAGGCGGGAGAGGAGGAGUUGAUUGGGCUCGAUACGAGCUCUCGCCACCCCUGCCUUAUCAAUCCACAGCUUACGCCCGAGAAGGAAACAGCAGUCAUGGGGGCGGGGGAGGGGCAGGAGGAUUUAUUCCCUCGCCCAUGAGGAGGUCUAUAUCGGAGCUAUGGACGCCUGGGGGGCUGGGUGGUGGCCUGGACGAGGCUGGUUCAGCAGCGGGGAGGUCAGGAAGUGCCGGUGGAAGCUCCUCAGCAGAUCCCUCCGCUGAUCCCUCUGCUGAUCCGUCUGCUGAGGCCUCUGUGACCGACGGGCAAAACUAUGCCAAUUCUGGUUCGGAUUACGAUGAGACGAACGCCAGCGACCUGCGGAGCUCGUCGGAGUUUGACGAGGGGCUCACGUCCAGCGGGCGGUUGUCAGACUUUGUGGGGAGCAACAGCGGGAGGAGUGUGGAGCAGGUUUAUGAGUCGGUAGGGUUGAAACCACCGACCAGUGGAAAAAUGGCGGACUUUGUUCGGAGCAAUAGUGGGAGGAGUGUGGAGCAGAUUCUGGUAGGGAGUAACAGUGGGAGGAGUGUAGAGCAAGGUUAUGGGUCGGUAGGGGUGAAACCACCAUCUGGUGGGUCAGGAAGUGGGUCCUGGAAGAAUUUGUCCACGGGAUCGACGAGGAAACUAGCCGCCGCUGCUGCUGCGGCUGCUGCUGUGGCUGCUGCUCAAGCAGAGGCUGCUAAAGCUGCAGAAGGGGCAGCUGGGAAUGCCAAAAGUGGCAAUGUUGCCAAAAGUGGAAGCGGGAGCGGUUCAGGACGUGUGAGGUGGACCAGGGAGAAGGGAGAGGAGAGAGGGGAGGGGGAGGAGGGGAGAGAGAGGAAUGAGCUGGGCGGUUCGAAGUAUUUUGAGGCGAGGGAUACAGUCGAGGGGUUCAAAGACGCAGGGAUGGAGGAGAGUGGGGGGAUGCGUUGGGAGGAAGAGGAGGAGGAGGAAGAGGAGCAAGAGGAGGAGGAUGAAGUGGGGAGGGGGGAGGAAGAGGAGCGAGAGGCACCUAGGACGAUGCGUCUGGACCCUCGCUUGGUUGAGGAGGUGAGGGAGAGAGAGAUGGAGAGGCAGAGGCAGGAGAAGGAGUUGGGGGAGGAGCAGACGAGGCAGGUAAAGCAAGAUGAGCAGCAGGAGCAGGAUUGGGAGAAGAUCCACCAGGAUCAGAUGCAGCAGCGGCAGCAGCAGAAGCAUCUGCAGAAGCAGCAGCAGCAGCAGCACGUUCAGCAGCAGCAACAGGUUAAGCAGCAGCAGCACGUUCGGAAGCUCUCAGAUGGAAACGAAGCCUCUAGUGGCGGAGGUGGGAGGAGCAGCAAGGGUGGCAGCAACAACAAGAACACCAGCAGCAGCAGCAACGGUGAUGGGUUUCGAUCCCUGCCCACCCAGCUGUACCGCUCUCUACUCCGCGACACCCAGCUGCACCACUCUCAUCUUCACGACUCCGAGGUCCAGCGUAGCUUGUCAGGAGCGUCUCCGUCCAAGCACACAGGAUCUGGUGUGGCUGCUGCUGCUGCUGGUGCUGCUGGUGCUUCUGGUGCUGUUGCUGCUGCUGGUGCUGUUGCUGCUGCUAGUGCUGGUGGUACAGUCUUUGGUGGCAAUGUAGUGGCCAGCAGAAGUGCCAGUGGGAGGCUGUAUUACGAGGAAGAGGUGUCCACUCAAUCGCGGGCAGUGGGGAUAGGAGGAGCAGCAGGAGGAGGAGGAAGAUCAGGAGGAGCAGGAGGAGCAGGAGGAGCAGGAGGAGCAGGAGGAGCAAGAAUGGAAGGAGGCACGGGAGGAGGGAUUAAGUCAGGUGACGGCACUCCAAUGAAGAUUGCUAGUGCUUCCCUCCUCACAGACUCACCGUAUACAAGCACUCCUGAUGCUGCUUCUGGCGGUGGCUUUGGGGGCGGGAUGGGAGGGGGGGGUGGAGGUGGGGGGGUAGCAUCAUCAGGACAUGGGCACAUGUAUCAGCAGCACCCUCACUCCUCUCAGUACCCUCCCCAACACCCGCAUACCCACCACCCUCCGCAGCAGCAUUCGCACUUGCAGCCCAACCUUCCCUUAAACACCCCCUUCCCUGGUCCCCCUCCUUCAGCAGCAGCAGCUGCUGCUGUGGGUCAAGGUCACACCACCUUCCCUGCUCCCCUUCCUACUCGCUCUGAUCUACCUCAGUACUACCCUCCCUUUGAACCCCAAGCUACUCAUACUGCUUCUGCCCAAACUCCCCAGCCUGCAGCCAAACCUGCUUCCGAAGCUGCCGCCGAAGCGGCAGCCGAAGCUGCAGCUCGGGCUGCCCAAGCCUUUCAAGCUGGCCGUUCGGAUCCAGAGGCGGACCCCGAUGCGUUUUUCGAUUCCUGCCCGAAUUUCGAAUCCCCACGACUGAAAUUCCACACCCCUCCCUCUGACUUGACCCCCCCCCCACUCCUUCACUCAGGCUCCCCCUCUCUCUCAGAACCCCACACUCUCCCCAACCCCUCCACACACUCUGGCUCCCGCACUCCCCCUCCACCCCACACUCACGCUGCCCUGCACACUUUCGCACACUCUCACAGCCUUUCCAACUUCCACACUCACUCUGACCCCCACACCUCCAUCCCCCACGCCUACUCUCACCAUUUCUCAGAAUCUCAGAUGCGCUUCUCCCCGUCCAAGGACUUCUCCUUUGGCACGCGGCGGCGGCUGGACCUGAGCCAAGGGGAGGGUGCGGGGGUAUGGGGAGAAGGGUUUGGGAUAGGGGAGAGCGGGGGGAGGAUGGGGGGUGGGGGAAUGCAGUGGGGUUCGCAGCAGGGAGAGCAGCAACGGGUGGACCUGGGUCAAGGGUGGGACGGGGGGGGAUGGGGAGAAGGGUUUGGGGUAGGGGAGAGCGGGGGGAGGAUGGGGGGUGGGGAAACGCAGGGGGGGGAGCAGCAGGGAGAGCAGCAGAGGCAGAGGCAGGGGGGAGGACAGGGGCAAGGGCAGGGGCAAGGGCAGGGGCAAGGGCAGGGACCGCUAUUUCGGGCUGGGCAGAAGGGAGAGGAGGGGGGUACGGGAGAUGGGGCAUGGAAGCAGCAGCACCAUCAGCAGGAGAUGCAGCAGCUGGAGAAGAAGGAGCAGCAGCAGCGGCAGUGGCGGCAGGAGAAGGAGAAGGAGCAAGGAGACAAAGAAGGGAGCUUGACAGCUGCAGGCCAGGCCACCUUGGCUGUGGCUGACACUGUGGAGGGUUGGAUGCGGUGGAGAGGGGUGCAGCCCGGUGCUGCUGUGAACGGAACCAUUGCUGGUGUGACUGUAGCAGGGGCAGGGGAGGGACACAUGGUAACACGGAAGAGCAGGAAGCCUCGGGUGGUGUCACUGGCGCCUUCAGCUACAGACAUCAUCCUGGCUCUCAGAGCGUCGGAGCAGCUGAUUGGUGUGUCGGAUCAGUGCCGCCCAUCCAGCUCACUCCCACAACCAUGCCAUGUGGUGCUUCGCUGCCCUCAUGUUAGCAAGCCUUCCAAGGUGCAAGCCCCCCCCUUUGUGUUGGACGCAGAAUGGCUGAGAGCGCAGCAGCCAGACGUGGUGGUGGUAGGUGGCAGCACUGCCUGCGUGCGCUGUGACCUGCACUGGCGGGAUGGAAAUGCAGCAUCAGUUGCUGCUGGUGGUGGGGGCGGUGGCGGUGGCGGUGGCGGUGGUGCUGGUGCUGGUGCUGGUGCUGUUGCUGAUGCUGGAUCAACAGCAGGGUCAGCAGCAGCAGCAGCAGGGUCAGCAGCACCACGUGCAGCAGCAAGUGCUCCAGGAGUAGCAGCAGCAUCAGGAGUGGCAGGGGGUUCAGGAGAGCGGAGGGGUCGUGAUGGGGGUACCGUGGCUGCAGAGGUUCGGAGGAGCCUUGGUGAAUCAGGCUCGGGAGGAAGCGGCUCAGCGAUCGUUGUCCUCCGACCUUCCACACUCGCCCAGGUGCUUGAGUCGGUCGUGACGGUGGGAGCAGCCAUGGGUAUGCGACAGCAAGCUGCUGCCCUCUCGUCCCACCUGCACCUGCGCCUUCGCUCUGUCGCUGCUGCAGUCGCUACUGCCCCCCGCCCCCGGGUCACGUCCCUAGAGUCGAUCUCGCCACUUGUCAUGGCCGGGCAUUGGCUGCCCGAGAUGAAACUUUUGGCUGGGGCAGAUGACGGCGGGUUGCAGGAGCCGGGCAGCCCGCUGAAGAAAGUGGUGUGGGAGAGCAUCACGGCGUUUGGGCCUCAAGUGCUGUUUCUCACUCCCUGCGCUGCUGAUGUCAACGAGGCUCUGGCUCAGGUCGAAGCCCUUGCUCGCCUGCCCGGCUUUUGGUCACUGCCCGCAACUGAAUCCGGGCAGGUUUACAUCAUCGAGCCGUGUCUCUUCCUCAACGCAGGUCCACGAUUGGUGGAUGGUGUUGAAUUGCUUGCACGAAUUAUUCAUCCUGACCGAGUAGCAGUGCCCUUGCCGCCCGGAUGUUUCGUCCUGAAGCUAGAGCUUAGUAGAGAGAAGCAUUAUAGAGCGGAGGACCUUCAUAAACAUUUUAGGCCCUUGCUCUAGGUCUAGAUAGGCUCUGUAAUAGGUACACUCUACACUGUGUAUACACAAGCUAUAACUGUCAACGUAUAUGUUUGUAUAGGUUUAUAGGCUAGCUAUGAGCAUACCAUAGAGAGUACAACACUUGUAUGCCCUGUAUGCCCUAUUCU